GAGAAUGAGGAUCUACUAACAAAGUAACCAAUGAUGUCCGGGCGUCAGACUAUGCAGAGAAGAUGGAGCUGAAAGAAGACAAGGACCAGAGGAAGAAGAAAAGUAAAGACGACAGAGAAGACGUCUCCUGUUCCUUAGAUAUAGGACUCUCAUAGCUAAAGUCUGAAGAUGAUGGAGGACAGAGACCACAUAGCUGCCCGAAUACUGGACCUCACCAUAGAGAUCAUCUACUGGAUAUCUGGAGAGGAUUACACAAUAGUAAAAAAGACAUUGGGGAGCUGUGUGGCCACCAGCAGCCAUGUCCAUGAGUCAGGAGAAUGGACCCAGUUUUCCAUCAUGGAGCCUCCACCUCACUCAUUGAUACAUGAGGAGAAGAUCCUAGAACUCACCCACAGGAUCACUGAGCUGCUGACUGGAGAGGUUCCUAUAAGGUGUCAGGAUGUGGCGGUCUAUUUCUCCAUGGAGGAGUGGGAGUAUGUAGAAGGACACAAGGAUCUGUACCAGGACAUAGUCAUGAUGGAGGAUCACCGGCCCCUCACAUCACAAGAUUUGUUCAGUCAGAGAAGUCCCUCAGAGAGAAGUCCCAGUGCUCAGUAUUACCAGGACUGUCCGGAGGAGAAUCAGAAUGUCCCAUUGGAUAAUCAGGGAAGUGAUGGUGAAACGAGUGGACUCGAUAAUCCCACAGUGUCUGACUUUAUGAGAGGCCCCAAUGGACAUCUUCUUUUAUCUUCCUAUUAUGAAGCAGAAGAUAUUCUGUCACAGAUGGGAAAAACAACUGGACAUACACUUGGUAAAAGCUUUGCUUGUUCUGAAUGUGGAAAGCUUUUUCAAACAAAAUCCUAUCUUUCCAUUCACAAGAGAAUUCACGUAGGUGAAAGGCCAUUUUUAUGUUUAGAAUGUGGGAAAUGUUUUACUAGGAAAGCAAUUCUUGUUGGACAUCAAAGAAUUCACACAGGGGAGAAGCCAUUUUCAUGUUCAGAAUGUGGAAAAGCAUUUCCAACAAAAUCACAUCUUGUUGGACAUCAGAGAGUUCAUAAAGGAGAGAAGCCCUAUUCAUGUAAGGAAUGUGGAAAGUGGUUUAAGCUUAAACAUCAUCUUCGGAGACAUCUAAGAACUCACACAGGAGAGAAACCCUUUGAAUGUCCUGAAUGUAGAAAGGGUUUUAGCAAUAAAUCACAUUUUACGGACCAUCUAAGAACUCACACAGGGGAGAAACCAUUUUUAUGUUCAGAAUGUGGCAAAUGUUUUUACCAGAAAUCUGAUCUUGUUAGACAUCUGAGAAUCCACACAGGCGAGAAGCCGUAUUCAUGUUCAGAAUGUGGGAAAUGUUUUGGUCAGAAAUCAAGUCUUGCAGAACAUAUGAAAAGCCACACAGGGGAGAGGCCAUUUUCAUGUUCAGAAUGUGGAAAAUGUUACACUCAGAAAUCAAAACUUAUGAAUCAUCUAAGAGGUCACUCAGGAGAGAAACCAUUUUCUUGUUCAGAAUGUGGGAAAUGUUUUAAACAGAAAUCAAGUCUUAGGGAACAUUUAGGAGAAAAGCCAUUUUCAUGUCUAGAAUGUGGGAAACAUUUUAUUACUAAAACAAAACUCAAGGAUCAUGAGAGAAUUCACACAGGAGAGAAGCCAUUCUCAUGUCCUGAAUGUGGAAAAUGUUUUACCCAGAAAUCAGGUUUAGGUAAGCAUCAGAAAACUCACUGCAGGGAGAAGCUAUUUUAAUUGUGUGACUGUGGAACAUGUGGGGUAUGUGGAUCUCCAUUGUUAGGACCUACUGCCCUUACACUUUACUAGAACUGGUUUAGAUGGCAAAGCUGAGCUGUGAUUGGUUGCUGGGUGAAAAGUCCCUCCAGCUUCUAUGUUGCACAUUUUGAUAAAUCAGAGCCUUAGGCCCUAUUCACACGGCAGAAUUUCCCCAAGCGGAAUUCCGCCUCGAAUGAAAGCUCAAUAGACUUCUAUAGGAGUCCACAAUCCCAUUCACACUUCUGCAGAAUUUCCGCUUGGAUUCCACACCAAUUCUGCACCAAUUCAGCACAAAAUCCUCACAAGCGGAAGCGGAAUUGGGGCUGAUGAGCGGAAAUUCUGCCGUGUGAAUAGGCCCUUAGGGUGUAUUCACACAUACAGUAUUUGAAGCUGCAGAUUUGAUGCCGUGUUCGGUUAAUUCGUUUACAGUCAACUCUGCAGCAUCAAAUAUGCGCAGGAUACUGUAAGUGUGAAAACACCUUAAGGCCAUGUUCACACGUCCGGAAUGUCUGUGUUGAAUUCCGCCAGAGAUUCCGCAGCAGCAGAGUCCCAUUGUAUUCAAUGAGAUUCUGCUGCACUGUGCACAUGGCCGAAUUUCUGAUUUCCGUACCCGCAGAAAGAAUGAACCUGUCCAUUCUUUCUGCGGAAUCCGCGCGAAAAGUAUUGCUAUCUAUGAGACUGCGCAUUCCUGUGCGGUCCUAGUGCUAGAAUGUUAUUCCGGCGCCCGCAGUCUGCAGAAUGUCUCCAUGUGGACAUCUCGGACAUGUGAACAUAGUCUGUGUUCUUUGUUUUUUUGGGUACAAGUUUGGGCUGGGAGCCCCAUGUUACAUAUAGCUGAGACCCCUUUUUCAUAUGUUUCAGACACAGCCACAGGUUUUCUUUCAUGAAGUGUUCAGAAUCGUCUCUUCCCAAAGAUAAAAAUAUCAAAACUUUUUACAAAGUGAUGGAGAAACUUUAUGGGGGAGAUUUAUCAAAACCUGUGCAGAGGAAAAGUUGCUGAGUUGCCCAUAGCAACCAAUCAGAUCGCUGCUUUCAUUUUUCAGAGGCCUUUUCAGAAAAGAAAGAAGCGAUCUGAUUGGUUGCUAUGGGCAACUGGUCAACUUUUUCUCUAGACAGAUUUUGAUAAAUCUCCCCCUAUAAAACCAGAGAAUGGUGUAGGAGAUGUCAUGGUGCAUAUUACCACAAGGGGGCGGACCUGCAAAAAGAGAGAAUGAGGACAACAAAAUGUCCUAGAAUCUUAUCCUGCAAAACUGAUAUUCCUCGAAAGUCAACAUAUAUGAUUCCAAAAUAAGGCCUUCAUUAACCCCUUAACAACCAAACAAUUUUUUGUUUGCAUUUUUGUUUUUUCUCCUGACCUUUUAUGAGCCAUAUUUUUAUUAUUUUAUCUUGUACAAAGAUACAUGAGUUGUUUUUUAUUUUGUGACCAAUUGUACUACAUAACGACACCCUUUAUUUUACCAUAAAAUAUACUGUAAAAAUAAAAAAAAUGCAAUUUUGUCUCCUUUUUUAUGCUGUGCACAUUGACAUUUUUUUGCUGAGGCUCAGUACGAGUUUAACCAUUCCCAGUUUAUAUAGUUGGUGUUAUGUUUUACUACAAUAUAUAAUAAAAAAGGAAAACUAAAAUUUUGAAUUGCAUGUAUUUUCAU